AGUCGAUUUGCGAAAUUUGCGGCAUUGGUUCCAUCGGUUUCGUGGUUUAUUAAGAAUUGAUUGUAUAGUGACUGUAUUUUGGAUAGUAGCAUAAAGAAUGGGACGUAAAAAAUUUGUUGAUAAAAACAAGGCACAAACCUUUCACUUAGUUCAUCGUUCCCAGAGAGAUCCGGAAUAUUACAAUGAAGAAGCAACAGAACGUGUUUUGGUGCCUUCAGAUGCGCUAAAGAAAUCUGCACGCCAGUUGAAUCGUCAAGACUUGGAUGAAGAAUAUGGUGACACGGUGCGCUCGAAUGAAGGAGAAGCAGCUGCAUAUGGUAUUUUCUUUGAUGAUACAGAGUAUGAUUACAUGCAACACUUGCGUGGUACGGGAAAUCAAGAUGCCACAUGGAUUGCAGCACCAUCCGCUGGAAAAGGCAAUGGACAAAAGAAAAAGGAUGAAGUUGUCAUUAAAGAGGAAGAACCCAGUGGAUUGCCAGAAGAGGUGCUUCCUUCAAAAACUGAAAUUGAAGCCAGUUACCAGAAUCAGCAAAGUGUCCCAGAUGCCAUAUCUGGUUUCCAACCAGAUAUGGACCCACGCUUACGGGAGGUGCUAGAAUUGUUGGAGCAUUCUGAUAUGGAGGAUGAGGAAGAUGCUAGUACAGAAGCAAAUUUGGACGAUGAAUUCGAAAACCUGAUUACUAGUGGAAAAGUGGAUGAAGACGAGUUUUAUGAGCAACAACUGGAAGAGGAACAGGAACAAGGGUAUAAUGAGCAAGCUGCUCUAGCUGCAGGAAAAUCAGAGUGGGAAAUUGAAUUUGAUAAAUUUAAAUUAGAACAAAAGAAGCAGCCUCAAGCAGCUAGCAGUGAUGGUACCUUCUCUGAAGAUGAUGAAGAGGAAGAAAGACGAGAUGAAGUCCCGGACUUGGUUUCCACUCAGAAGUCAAAGCCAAGAAGAAAAGCCAAGACUGCACAAUCUUCCGGUUCCAUGUCGAGCUCUGCUUUAUUCCGCAAUGAAGGAUUAUCCUUCCUGGAUGAUCGUUUCGACAAAGUUGAAGAGGAGUACGUUCCCAUGAAAGAUGAUAACGAGCUCUAUGAUCCCGAACAAAAAGACGUAAAUGAUUUGAUUCAUGACAAUCAAUUCAAUAAUGUUUUGGACGAUUUCUUAUCGUCGUAUGGCCCCAAUCUGGGACGGAAGAAAGCUCCAUCACGCAUGUCUAAAGCAAAGAAGAAGGCAUCUUUGGAUGAACUUGAUAGUGUUCGUCGGCAAUUAAGUCGUGCUCGAAUUUGAAAUGGAAAAAGGAUAAAGUCGGUUUUAGCGGUUAAUUUGGCUUUCUUUUUUAAAAUUUGGGAUAUUGGUGGUUUUUCUUUUGGGAUGUUUAAUAUAGAAAAUUUAAUUAUGAGAGAUACUUUGAAUUCAAUUUCCUAUUUUUUUUAAAGGUCUUAAGGAUUCGUAUAUUAGAACAUAUAUUAGAACAUACAAAAAAGCAUGUAAAUGUAUAGAAGCCUUCGCUCCAUAAGUUUAAUGACAAUUCUUUUGUUGGUAAAGCAAACAAA